GGCGGCGGCGGGCGGGGCGGGCAGCGGGCGCAGCUUUCCGCCCCUCGGUCUCCGGGUAACAGCUGCGGCUCGGCCAGACCCACCUCCGGGGGGCGGGGGGCAGCCGCGCCGCCGCGCGCAGAUCCCGAGCCGGGCGCGGCGGCCGCCUCGGCGCGCUCCUCCCGCGGGGCCGGCCCGGUGCUCCUGCCCAUCAUUAAUAAAAGUGACACUGACUCCUUGUGUGCCCUUUGGAGAAGCAGGUGACUUCCGUGCAAGGCACAGGUCAUGGUGUUGUCUCCUAAUCCAGCCGGCCCUGCCAGGUGACCAUGUCAGCCCUCGGCCCAGCUCUGCUGCAUGCACUCUGGGCCGGGUGGGUGCUCAGCCUGCAGUCCCCACCGCCAGCUGCUUUUACUCCCAAUGGCACGAAUCUGCAGCACCUCACUCGGGACCCUGCCUCCGGCACCCUCUACCUGGGGGCCACCAACUUCCUGUUCCAGCUUAGCCCUGGGCUGCAGCUAGAGGCCACCGUGUCCACUGGGCCUGUCCUUGACAGCAGGGACUGCUUGCCCCCAGUCAUGCCUGAUGAGUGCCCACAGGCCCAGCCUACCAACAAUCUGAACCAGCUGCUCCUGGUGAGCCCGGGGGCCUUGGUGGUGUGCGGGAGCGUGCACCAGGGGGUCUGUGAGCAACGGCAGCUGGGGCAGCUGGGACAAGUGCUGCUGCGGCUGGAGCGCCCGGGGGACACCCAGUAUGUAGCCGCCAAUGACCCUGCCGUCAGCACAGUGGGCCUCGUGGCCCAGGGCCUGUCCGGGGAGCCCCUCCUGUUUGUAGGACGGGGAUAUACCAGCCGGGGCGUGGGGGGCGGCAUCCCGCCCAUCACCACCCGGGCCCUGUGGCCGCUGGACCCCCAAGCUGCCUUCUCCUACGAGGAGACUGCCAAGCUGGCGGUGGGCCGCCUGUCAGAAUACAGCCACCACUUCGUGAGCGCCUUCGCGCGCGGACCCAGCGCCUACUUCCUGUUCCUUCGACGGGACCUGCAGGCACAAUCCCGGGCCUUCCGUGCCUACGUGUCACGCGUGUGCCUGCGGGACCAGCACUACUACUCGUAUGUGGAGCUGCCGCUGGCCUGCCAGGGUGGCUACGGGCUGAUCCAGGCCGCAGCUGUGGCCACGUCUGCCGAGGGUACCCAUGGGGAGGUGCUGUUUGCAGCCUUCUCCUCGGCUGCGCCCCCCACUGUGGGCCGGCCCCCCUCCCCUGUGGCUGGGGCAUCGGAUGCCUCUGCCCUCUGCGCCUUCCCCCUGGAUGAGGUGGACCGCCUUGCCAACCGCACCCGGGAUGCCUGCUACACGCGUGAAGGUCGAGCAGAGGACGGGGCUGAGGUGGCCUACAUUGAGUAUGACGUCAACUCUGACUGCGCGCAGCUGCCUGUGGAUACCCUGGACGCAUAUCCGUGUGGCUCAGACCACACCCCGAGCCCCAUGGCCAGCCGCGUUCCCCUGGAAGCCGUGCCACUUCUGGAGUGGCCAGGGGUCCAGCUGACAGCUGUGGCGAUCACCACGGAGGACGGCCACACCAUUGCUUUCCUGGGUGAUAGCCAAGGGCAGCUGCACAGGGUGUACCUGGGCCCGGGGAGCGAUGGUCGCCCAUACUCCACCCAGAGCAUCCAGCCGGGCUCUGCGGUGAACAGGGACCUCACCUUUGAUGGGACCUUGGAGCACCUCUAUGUCAUGACCCAGAGCACACUUCUCAAAGUUCCCGUGGCCUCCUGUGCCCAGCACCUGGACUGCGCGUCUUGCCUUGCUCACCAGGACCCCUACUGCGGGUGGUGUGUGCUCCUGGGCAGGUGUAGCCGCCGUGCUGAGUGCUCGCGGGGUCAGGGCCCCGAGCUCUGGCUCCCAAGCUUCCAGGCCGACCAGGGCUGUCUGCGCGUGGUGGCCAUGAGUCCUGCCAACAUCAGCCGAGAGGAGAGGCGGGAGGUCUUCCUGUCGGUGCCGGACCUGCCGCCCUUGCAGCCCGGGGAGUCGUAUUCCUGCCACUUUGGGGAACUGCAGAGUGUGGCCGUCCUGACGGGCCCUGGAGUGAUGUGCCCCUCCCCGGAGCCGAGUGACCUCCCAGCGCUGCCCAGAGGAGCCGACCAUGUUGUGGUGAACGUGGAGCUGCGGCUCGGCCCCGUGCUGCUGGCCCAGGCCCCGCUCGCCUUCUACGACUGCGCGGCCAUCACCGAGCUCCACCCCUCAGCACAGUGCCAGGCCUGCGUGAGCAGCCGCUGGGGAUGUAACUGGUGCGUCUGGCAGCACCGGUGCACGCAUAAGGCCUCGUGUGAUGCUGGGCCCAUGGUGGCGAGCCAGCAGAGCCUGCUUCUCUCCCCGACACCUCCUGCCAGGGAGCCUCCCACCCCCUUCCCACCCACGGCCCCGAGGGCCACGGCCACCCCCAACCCCGAGCCCCACCCCGUGGAGCCCGGGGCUCCUGUCACUGCUGCCUCAGAUGUCCCAUCUGGGAUGGGACCUUCCCUGCUCAGCCCCUGGGGACCAGGGGCAGGUCCCGGCCCCCCACCUACUUCAGCCCCCACAGAGUCACCUCUCCAUGAAGAACCACCCCCUCCAAGCACCCCCAGUAGACCUGGAACUGCUGUCCCGGACGCCAUUGACCCUACACCCACGGCCACCCCCGAGGACCUUUCAGGCCCCGACCCUGUGCCCUCUGCUGAGGCAGCACCGCCCCCGGCCCUUGCAGACCUCGGUCCUGAGGUUCUUCCCUCCGCGGUGCCCCUGGAUCCAGCCCCCGACACUGCUCCCACCACCACUUUCCCAGGGGUCAUAGGCUCCCCCAAGCCCGCUCUGGACUGGCUCAUGAGAGAAGGCGGCGAGCUGCCCGAGGCGGACGAGUGGCCGGGGGGUGAUGUGCCCGCCUUCUCCACUUCCACCCUCCUCUCAGGUGAUGGAGACUCGGCCGAGCACGAGGGCCCCCCCGCCCCUCUCAUCCUCCUGUCCAGCCUCGACUACCAGUACGACACCCCCGGGCUCUGGGAGCUGGAGGAGGUGAGCUGGGGCGCCAGCGCCUGCCCGUGCGUGGAGCGUGUCCAGGGCCCCACACUGGUACCCGUCCAUGUGGAGCGGGAGGUGCGGCUGCUGGGCAGGAACCUGCACCUCCUACAGGACAGCCCAGGGGACAGUGAGUGUGUGAUGGAGCUGGAAGACCGCCAGGUGGUGGUGGGUGCCCUGGUCGAGUGUGAGCCGCCUCCAGAUACCUGGUGCCGGGUUACAUGCCAACAGCAUCAGCUCAGCUAUGAGACUGCGCAGCCUGAGCUCCAGGUGGGGAUCUUCCUGCGUUGGGCAGGCCAUUUGCGUGUGGACAGUGCGGAUGGACUGCACGUGGUGCUGUAUGACUGUUCCGUGGGACACGGGGACUGCAGCCGCUGCCAGACUGCCAUGCCCCAGUACGGCUGUGUGUGGUGCAAUGGGCCGCACCCACAGUGUGUGGCUCGGGAGGCCUGUGGCGAGGCUGAGUCUGUGGUCACCCAGUGCCCUGCGCCUCUUAUCCACAUGGUGGAGCCGCUGACUGGGCCUGUGGACGGAGGAACCCGGGUCACCAUCAGGGGUUCCAAUCUGGGCCAACAUGUGCACGACGUGCAGGACACGGUCAGGGUGGCCGGAGUGCCCUGUGCUGUCAGUGCCCAGGAGUACGAGGUGUCCAGCAGCCUUGUGUGCAUCACGGAGGCCAGCGUUGAGGAGGUGGCAGGCACUGUGACAGUGGAGGUGCCAGGAAGAGGACGUGGCGUCUCAGAGCACAGCUUUGCCUACCAGGACCCUAAGGUGCAGUCCAUCUUCCCAGCCCGAGGCCCCAGAGCGGGAGGCACCCGCAUCACUCUGCAUGGCUCCAAGCUUCUGACAGGGCGGCCCGAGGACAUCCGAGUGGUCGUCGGAGACCAGCCUUGUCACCUGCUGCCCGAGCAGCAGGCCGAGCAGCUGCGCUGUGAGACCAGCCCACACCCCGUGCCCACCACCUUCCCCGUGUCUGUGUGGUUUGGGGCUGCUGUGCGGAGGCUGCAACACAGCCAGUUCGAGUACACGUCCGACCCCAACGUUACCUCUGCUGGGCCUACCAAGAGCUUCCUCAGUGGAGGACGUGAGAUGUGGGUCCGUGGCCAGAAUCUGGAUGUGGUACAGACACCGAGAAUGAUGGUGACUGUGGUCCCAAGAGCUCCGUGGCCCGGCCAGGGGCUUGGGCGGAGGCGCCGUGUGAUCCCUGAGACUGCCUGCCCCGCGGGAGCUCCCUGUGGCCUUCAGCACUUUGAGGGGCCCUGCCGUGUGGACUCCCCCCAGCUGAUCACCUGCCGAACGCCUGCCCUCCCGAGCCUGCCCGAGGAGCCCGGAGUCCGCGUGGAGUUUAUCCUAGACAAUCUGGUCUUUGACUUUGCGACAUUGAACCCCACACCCUUCUCCUAUGAGGCAGACCCCACUCUGCAGCCCCUCAACCCCGAGGACCCCACGGUGCCAUUCCGGCACAAGCCCGGGAGUGUGCUCUCUGUAGAGGGGGAGAAUCUGGACCUUGCUAUGUCCAAGGAAGAGGUGGUGGCCAUGAUCGGGGCUGGGCCCUGUGUGGUGAAGACGCUGACCCGGCAUCACCUGUACUGUGAGCCCCCCGUGGAGCAGCCCUUGCCCCGGCACCACGCCCUCCGGGAGGCCCCUGACACUUUACCUGAGUUCACGGUACAGAUGGGGAACCUGCACUUCUCCCUGGGCCAGGUGCAGUAUGACGGUGAGAGCCCUUUGGCUUUUCCCAUGGCCGCCCAGGUGGGCUUGGGAGUGGGCACUUCUCUCCUGGCUCUGGCUGUCAUCGUCAUUGUCCUCAUGUACAGGAGGAAGAGCAAGCAGGCUCUGCGAGAUUAUAAGAAGGUCCAGAUCCAGCUGGAGAAUCUGGAGAGUAGUGUGCGUGACCGCUGCAAGAAGGAGUUCACAGACCUUAUGACUGAGAUGACUGAUCUCACCAGUGACCUUCUGGGCAGCGGCAUCCCCUUCCUUGACUACAAGGUGUAUGCUGAGAGGGUCUUCUUCCCUGGGCACCAGGAGUCGCCUUUGCACCGCGACUUAGGUGUCCCUGAGAGCAGGCGACCCACUGUGGAACAGGGGCUGGGACAGCUCUCCAACCUGCUCAACAGCAAGCUCUUCCUCACCAAGUUCAUCCACACCCUGGAGAGUCAGCGCACCUUCUCAGCUCGUGACCGGGCCUACGUGGCAUCUCUGCUUACGGUGGCACUGCAUGGGAAGCUUGAGUAUUUCACCGACAUCCUCCGUACCCUGCUCAGUGACCUAGUGGCCCAGUAUGUGGCCAAGAACCCCAAACUGAUGCUGCGCAGGACAGAGACUGUGGUGGAGAAGCUGCUCACCAACUGGAUGUCCAUCUGUCUCUACACCUUUGUCAGGGACUCAGUAGGGGAACCUCUGUACAUGCUCUUUCGAGGAAUUAAGCAUCAAGUGGACAAGGGGCCUGUGGACAGUGUGACAGGCAAGGCCAAGUACACUCUGAAUGACAACCGUCUGCUCAGGGAGGAUGUGGAGUACCGUCCCCUGACCCUGAAUGCACUCUCUGCUGUGGGACCUGGGGCAGGAGAGGCCCAGGGUGUCCCUGUGAAGGUCCUAGACUGUGACACCAUCUCCCAAGCCAAGGAGAAGAUGCUGGACCAGCUGUAUAAAGGAGUACCCCUUGCACAGCGGCCAGACCCCCGCACCCUGGACGUUGAGUGGCGCUCUGGGGUGGCCGGGCAUCUCAUUCUUUCCGAUGAGGAUGUGACCUCUGAGGUCCAGGGUCUCUGGAGGCGUCUGAAUACUCUGCAGCAUUACAAGGUUCCGGAUGGAGCAACAGUGGCCCUCGUCCCCUGCCUCACCAAGCACGCUCUCCGGGAAAACCAGGACUAUGUCCCUGGAGAGAGGACCCCAAUGUUGGAGGACGUGGAUGAGGGGGGCAUCCGGCCUUGGCACCUGGUGAAGCCAAGUGAGGAGCCGGAGCCCCCGCGGCCUCGGAGGGGCAGCCUGCGUGGCGGGGAGCGGGAGCGCGCCAAGGCCAUUCCCGAGAUCUACCUGACUCGCUUGCUGUCCAUGAAGGGCACGCUGCAGAAGUUUGUGGACGACCUGUUCCAGGUGAUUCUCAGCACCAGCCGCCCCGUGCCUCUCGCUGUGAAGUACUUCUUCGACCUGCUGGAUGAGCAGGCCCAGCAGCACGGCAUCUCAGACCAGGACACGGUCCACAUCUGGAAGACCAACAGCCUGCCACUGAGGUUCUGGAUCAACAUCAUCAAAAACCCACAGUUUGUGUUCGACGUGCAGACGUCUGACAACAUGGACGCAGUGCUGCUGGUCAUUGCACAGACCUUCAUGGAUGCCUGCACCCUGGCUGACCACAAGCUGGGCCGGGACUCCCCCAUCAACAAGCUCCUGUACGCCCGGGACAUUCCCCGCUACAAGCAGAUGGUGGAAAGGUACUACGCGGACAUCAGACAGACCAUUCCUGCCAGUGAUCAGGAGAUGAACUCCAUCCUGGCCGAGCUGUCUCGGAACUACUCUGGAGACCUCGGGGCGCGAGUGGCCCUCCAUGAGCUCUACAAGUAUAUCAACAAGUACUAUGACCAGAUCAUCACUGCCCUGGAGGAGGACGGCACCGCCCAGAAGAUGCAGCUGGGCUAUCGGCUCCAGCAGAUAGCGGCUGCUGUGGAGAACAAAGUCACAGAUCUGUAGCGACCCAGAGCCACCUGCUGUUGCCUCAGCCCCACAGCAGCCCUGGCAGCGCCUGGAGAGAUGCCUCCGUAGAUGCUGUAGUGCCUGACGAGCAGAGUUAGUGGAGGUGCCCCAGGCUCUGCGUGCCUCUGGCCCGGCCCGAUGGAUGUGCCUGCGGGUGCAGGGCCUGGAGGCCAGUGGGUGGGCGGGGGGUGGCCCUGCCUGCUCCCCUAACCCAGGGACCCCGGGGGACUGUUUUCUGGGUGACGUCAGUCUGUGGGGAGACAGAGACUAUGGGCUCCCAGGAGUGGAUGUCAGGGCCUCCAGACCCUGGGGAGUCGGUACGGUUCCUGCACACUGGCCCUGGCCCCUGGGACCCAGCCAGGAGGAGAAGGAGGAGGAGGAGGAGGAGGAGGAGGAGGAGCAGCGCCCCUCCAGGCUGCCUCUUAACUCUGACCUCAGUCUAGCUGCCUCUUGCCUUGCUGCUGCCACGCUCCUGGGUCCGAGAGAUGGAUGCAUUUUCUUGACUCCCGUGGACAGACCCCUCAGCAGGUGGCCGUCCCCAGGGCGGUCACCCUGCCUCCCAGAGUGGCGAGGGGCAUCUGCUGUGGGGAGCUCAGGGCUCAGGGUGGCCCCACUGACCCAGCUCUUCAUUAAAGAAUGACACACUG